GUCAUGGCGGUGGCCGACUGGAAAUUGUAUUAAAUUUGCGUGUAUUUCACGGAUUUACCGAUCCGUAUCACCUAGAAUAGAUAACUUUUCACGAAUCUAGAUUGAAAAGAUACUCAGAGAUCAUGUCUACCCACAGCAAAAGAAAGCACAUCAAGGCAGUUUCACAGAAAGUGAAGUUGUUUAGAGCAAACGAGCCUCUACUAAGCGUUUUCAUGUGGGGCGUAAACCAUACGAUAAGUGCCCUGAGUCAUGUAAACAUUCCAGUCAUGUUGAUGCCUGAUGACUUCAAGGCAUUCACAAAGACACGAGUGGAUAAUCACAUGUUUAACAAGGAAAACAUGCCAAGUCACUUCAAGGUGAAGGAGUAUUGCCCUAUUGUGUUCCGAAACUUACGAGAGCGCUUUAGUGUGGACGACACGGAUUACAUGAAUUCGCUAACAAAAUCGCAACCUGUUUUGGCUAAGUAUCAAGGAAGGAGUGGAGGCAGAAUUCUUAUAUCCUAUGAUAAUAAGUUUUUAAUUACAACAAGUGGUCCAGAGGAAGUUGAGCAGAUGCAUCACAUCUUGAAACAGUAUCAUCAGCAUAUAGUUGAGAAUCAUGGCCAGACGUUGCUACCACAGUAUAUGGGCAUGUACAGGCUAACUGUGGAGGGAGGAGAGACCUAUCUCAUUAUCAGCAAGAAUGUCCUGAGCAAGAAUUUACCAAUACAUAAAGUCUAUGACCUAAAGGGAUCGACAAUCGACAGACAAGCUAGUGAAAAGGAAAAGGCAAAAGACCUUCCAGCGUAUAAGGACAAUGACUUUGUGGAAGAAGGUGUGAAACUGAUCGUUGGUCCUGAAGCCAAGGAGAAGUUCAUGGAAAAGUUGACCAGAGAUGUUGGGUUUUUGACAAAUCUCCACUUGAUGGACUACUCCUUACUCGUUGGAAUUCACGACUGCCAGACGGGACGUGAUGCGGCAGACGCAUUGCAGGAGGAAUACGAGAAUGAGAAUGGUACGGAUGCCGAGGGCUCGGAAUCUGACAACGGAGGACAGAAGCCAACUCCGCCCGGUACCCCUAGUCCAAAGACUGCCGUAGAGGUAGCACCCUUCGACUUUGACCUUGAGUUUCAUCCAGAGGAAGAUAUCUAUGGAAUUCCCGGCACCGAGGAGGAAGACGGCAACCGCAAGGAGGUCUACUAUCUGGCGCUGAUACAGGUUCUGACCGAGUACAAUGCCCAGAAGCGUACCGCCCACGCGAUGAAGACGGUCAAGCACGGCACGAGGGCCGACAUCUCAACGGUAGGACCUGAACAGUUCUCCCGCCGCCUUCUCGACUUUGUAGCAAAGGUCAUAGAAUGAUGGCUGGACGUGGAUGAAGGGACGAGAGGGGGUGGCGCAGCGUGUAGGCUCAAGGCUUGUGGCUAAGGCGCAUGCGUGUAGACAUUCCUGCAGGGGGUUCGGUUAGUGUUGUGACCCGCUCGCAUUUAACACGAUUGCAGGGCUAGGAACUUACAGGAAGGAAUGUUUGGAAAUAGUAUGUGUGAUUUUUUGUCCACCACUGCGCGUAUCUAUUAUGCUGUAUUUAGUGUACAUGUUUCGAUUUUCAUUCGUGUGAACAUAGAUCUUACUUGCAUUUAACUGACGACGUGUGCUACGUGUACUAAUGAUAACUAUUUGCUAACUACCUCACGAUUAGACCCGACUGUCUAACGUGUGACUUGAGUGUAGCAGUUUACGCUUUCCCAGUGGUAACCCAGAAUGGGUUCUUCCUGAAAGCAGUGUGUGAGUUGUCGACAUUGAAUAGUUUAAGUAUGUACAUAAAUGUUAUUAGUGUUUAUAUUUUCUGUUAAAGGUGGUUUUAAUGUGUGAUUUCUGUGGCGUAACUGUUAUGUGUAUUCGUGGCAAGUGGUCUAUAUUUUAUUGUUAUUCUAUCCGUUUUGUAGACUCCGUGCGUCAAUUAAGUGAAUUGUGAUUUC